AUGCAUGACUUUAACCAUCGUGUAAUUGCAUUGAUUUUUGCAGCCAUUAGCAAGUCUUUUGGAUAUAGCAUCCUGGCUGUGGAUUCACAGGCAAAGAACCCGGGACCCACGGAAAAAAAUUCAUCGCUAUACUCUUCGAUAUUGGCCUCCCAGGUAGGAGCUUUAUCUGCUUUCGAAAACCAAAAUCAAUCGAUAAUCGAGAAUACACUGCGGUCGUUAGGCCCGUACAAAUCACUGGAGAGUUUCAAGGCGGCCUAUGACGCCCUUCAAAGUGCUGAAUUGAUCAAUAUACCUCAAGCCUUUGACAAUAGCGACGAGAAUUUUGGAGCCAUACGUUUGGGUAUUCGCGGCUACAACCUCAAAUUGGUGAACUUGAAUGAGUGGUCAGAACCUCUCAACUGUCUUUCGGACUCGUUGGUUCGUGAAGUGUGUUGCGAAAGCACCAUCAAUACUGCAAUCUUAAACCACAAAGUAUUUGUACAGGAUUUUUCGACUAUGGGGCAAUACACGGAUUUAAACACGACAAAAUCGAAGUACGCGCCCAAUGUCGUUAGUUCUUUCUGUAACAACAUUGAAACCGGUGUACUACUGCCUUUGGCCAUCAAAAUCGUUGAUUCGGGUCUAACGUACACAAAAGAAGACUCGGCAGGGGAGUGGCAACUGGCAAAGAUGGCACUAGAUGCGACAGAACUCAACUAUCUGCAAAUCAUACACUUUGUGGAAGUGCAUGUGGUGUCGAUCCCGAUCCAGAUUGAGCUGAUGCGUAGCAUGGCGGAAACCCACCCGAUUUACGCUCUACUGAACUACCAUUUCUUUGGCAACAUAGGUCUUGAAUUCCUCAGCGUUUUGGUUCUUUUUUCGGUUGAUUCACCGUUCGAUCGGUCGGUGGCGUUCGGAGCAAGUGGCUCCGUGCGUGCUGCUUACGACGAACUACAAAAGUUGUCAAUAACAGACGAUUGUCCCUCUGAUAUCGCAAAGAACGGGCUCGAGUACUUGCCAAACCACCGCUACGUCAAGCAUGGCGCGACGUACUACUCCAUUAUCAAGACUUUUGUUACUAAAGUAACAUGGCACAGCCAAGCGGCUCCAUUCAGUACACUAGCACUGUACAAUGCACCACUGCCAACUAGAAAAGGGGUGAAAGUCGACCCGUUUGACUAUGUCAUUCCAUCCGACCUAUUCCCGGCGCUGUCUGUCGUGGCAGCACAGUUCUAUCGUCCGAUUCCACUGGCCCAAUCAGUGCUGAGUGCCUACACUACUCCUCCAUUCUCCAGCGAGACCAUUCUGAAAGGUGCCAUCGCCCAAUUCCACCAAUCUAUGGUAACCUUGGAAAAUACGCUAAACUCAGCCAAGCCGAAGGGGAACUAUCUGGACAUGUAUGUCAAGCCAUCUUUCAUGCCGUGGUUCUCGUACAUCUAA